CCUCCUCCGCUGCGAGCAUGGCGCGGGAGGCCGCGCUCGCCGCCUGCCUGGAGGCCGUGCUGGGCAGCCGCUCCAGCGCCAACCGCGUCUUCGAGCUCCUGGAGCCGCUGGCGGGCCAGGAGGAGCCGGAGGACAUCGUGAGCGCCGCCAGGAUCUGCGGCCGGCUCUUCGGGGCGCUGCUGGAGCGAGGGGAGCUGUUCGUGGGGCCGCUGCCCGAGCAGGACGCGCCUCUGGGCGAGAGCUACAGCGCCCAGGACAAGUACAGGAUAUGGAUGCGACACCGCUACAGGGACUGCGUGGGCUGCCUGGGAGAGCUCAUGGGGCACGAAGCCUUCCAGGUCAAGGAGCAGGCACUCUGCACACUCAUGAAGUUUGUAGAAUUGGAGGCACAGUAUCCACUGAUCAAAAUAGAGUGGAAAGGAACUUUAACUUUUCCAUGUGACCUUCUCAAGGUGGUUGUUGAUGGUUUGCUCCCCACCACCGAGGAUGCCUCCCUGCUGAUCUCCCGCUUCCAGGAGUACCUGGAGUACGAUGAUGUUCGCUACUUUGUCAUGAAGGCUGUCACUGCCAGCAUCGGGCAGGUCAUGCAAAAGACAAAGGAGAGGCCACUGCCUUUUUACCAGCAGAAUGUGUUUUCCCUCAUCUCACCCAUUAACAUGCCCAACAAAGAGUCUGAGAUGGUGAAAUUUAUGGUCAAGCAAGAUAACCGUGAGGAGUUGAAAUUUUCAAAGCUGCAGGCACACAGGCAGGUGUUUCAAAAAAUGUGGCUGACUUUUUUGAAGCACAAGCUGCCCCCUGGCCUUUACAAAAAGGUUCUUGUCAUUCUGCACGACUCUGUCCUGCCUUACAUGAACGAGCCCACUCUCAUGAUGGAUUUCUUGACAGUGGCCUAUGGCAUAGGUGGAGCAAUCAGUCUUCUAGCCCUAAAUGGGUUGUUUAUUUUGAUUCAUCAGCAUAAUCUGGAGUACCCUGACUUUUACAAGAAGCUGUACAGCCUGUUAGACCCUUCCAUCUAUCACGUGAAGUACCGAGCUCGCUUUUUCCACCUGACUGAUCUCUUUUUGUCUUCAUUGCACCUGCCAGCCUACCUGGUGGCAGCGUUCAUCAAGCGGCUGGCGCGGCUGGCGCUCACGGCUCCUCCCGAGGCUCUGCUCAUGAUCCUGCCCUUCAUCUGCAACCUGUUCCGCAGGCACCCCGCCUGCAAGGUGCUGCUGCACAGGCCAGCAGGGCCAGCAGAUAUGUCAGAAGAUCCAUAUGUUAUGGAGGAGGAGGAGCCAUCUGAAAGCAGGGCUUUGCAGAGCUCUGUGUGGGAGAUUCAGUCUCUCCAGAGCCAUUAUCACCCAGAUGUGGCCAAGGCAGCUGCUGUCCUGAACCAGUCCCUGUCUGAAAUGGAGGAUGACAUAUCAGGGCUCCUGGAGCUCUCAGCUGCUGAGCUUUUUGAUAAAGAAGUAAAGAAAAAGGCUGUUGAUGUGCCCCUGGAGUUUGAGCCUGUACGAGGUUUGUUUGGGAAGAAGAAUGAUAUUUUUGCAGAGCACUUCAGUUUAGACUGAUGCCAUCUCUUACCAAAACACAUCUGUCAGCAGCUGGAUCUUAGGGACACACAGAAAGCUCCCCUGUGCUCUGCAGCCCUUCUCUGUGAGGAGAGCUGCAGCCUUCUUCCUGCUCCUGGAUGGACUUUGCUGUGUUUCUCACACUUGCAGACUGCCACCUGGUAUUUGGAAGGGAUUUCUCCUCAGAGCAAGGAUUUCUGGGCUUGUUCAUGGCUGGGAUCCCAGUCCUUCCCCCAGAGCUGCUGGGGCUGGCUGUGACCAGGGGCUGCAUCAACAGACACCUCACUGCUGUUCCAUGGGACUGAGGGGAAUUGCAUUCUCUGACUGCUCUUAUUUUUCACAUGUUUUACUUUUAUAUGAGAGCUGACAGCCUGUUUGUAAUAAAUGUCUUCAAUACAUAAGUGUAAA